CAAAGGCAUACAUGAUUCAUAACCACAACCGCACCCGGUUAAGUCCCACCGUGCGUCCGACUUCAUAUAAAACGGCUCGGGACAUUUUCAAUUUAGUUUUUAUUUAAUAUUCGAGGGACGUGUGAAAUUCUAACAAUGUUUCACUUGGAAGGGAUUAUGUUUAUGCUUGUGCUCUGUGUAGUGAACGCGUCGGUUACUGUUAAUAUAUAUGAUGACGAUUUGCUAGAAGACAGUGAAGUAAAUCAAAAUACAUAUCGUUGCAACAAUCGGGAGUGCGAUCAAUUCUGUCAUAGAAUGGGUUUCACGGGCAGUGUUUGUGCCGGGAAUCGUUGCCAGUGUGACAAGUUCCUUCAAGCUGGAGAAUUAAAAAGAGCCAAAUUACAUCAAAAUGUACUCGGUUGCAACAACAGAGCCUGUAACCAACUCUGUCGUAGAUUGGGUUUCACGGGUGGUGUAUGCGUCGGUGACCGUUGCAAGUGUGACAAUUUCCUACCACCUAAAGAAUUAGAAGAAAGUAAAAUACAUAAAAAUUUACUUGGCUGCAACUAUAGAGCCUGUGACCAACUCUGUCGUAGAUUGGGUUUCACAGGUGGUGUAUGCGUCGGUGACCGUUGCAAGUGUGAUAAUUUCCUACCACCUAAAGAAUUAGAAGAAAGCAAAAUAAAUAAAAAUAUACUUGACUGCAACAAUAGAGCCUGUGAACAACUCUGUCAUAGAUUGGGUUUCACGGGUGGUGUAUGCGUCGGUGACCGUUGCAAGUGCGAUAAUUUCCUAACAACUAAAAAAUUAGAAGAAAGCAAAUUACAAAAAAAUUUACUUUCCUGCGACAAUAGGGCCUGUGACCAACUCUGUCGUAUAAUGGGAUUCGGGAGUGGUGGAUGCGUCGAUGACCGUUGCAAGUGCUACAAUUACCGACCAGCUAAAGAACUAGAAGAGAGGAAAUUACAUAAAAAUUUACAAGGCUGCAGCAAUGGAACCUGUGAUCAACUCUGUCGUAGAAUGGGUUUCACGGAUGGUGAAUGCGUUGAUAACCAUUGCAAGUGUUACAAUUACCUAACACCUAAAGACAUUGAUGCAGAUCCCAAAGAUCUCGGCUGUGACUAUAAUGAGUGCGAUCAACGCUGUCGUCGCAUGGGUUAUCCUAGCGGUGGAUGUGUUAACGGUCUCUGCAAGUGUGACCGAUAUCGCGACGAAGAUAAUGAAAUACCUUCUGUUGACGAAGCUGUAAUGGAGAUAAGCGAUAGUUAUGCCGAUAAUAAAGACGUUGAUAUUUGCAACACGGACGUAUGUGAUGUAGCCUGUAGGAGCCUAGGGUAUCCUGGAGGAAAUUGCUCCAAUGGAAAAUGUCAAUGUCAAGAACAAGAUCAAGAGGAGAAAUCGCCAAGAUCACUGCUAUAUUGUGAUAUCGUGGCUUGUAACGACAUGUGUCACCGUAUGCACUACAUCGGAGGAAUGUGUAAAUUUGGAUCAUGUCAAUGCUAUUAAAAUUUAUUGUUAAUUCAUCUACUUAUUUAAAAUAAAAAUAUUAAAAAAUGAUAUCCUAAAUU